GGUUUUCUGAACAAAAAUGACAGAUCAAAAGCUCGUUUGUCUAAACGAAAAACAGAAUGUGGAUGAAAACUCUGUUGAUAUUGUGUUUCGUGGCUGGUGCGUUAUGUGCAAACAAGUGCAGCAAGAAGGCAGAUAUAGCCUUUGUUAUUGAUUCCUCUAGCAGUAUUUGGCCACCAAACUUCGAUACACAGGUUCACUUUCUCUACGAUGUCUUAGACGCAUUCGACAUUUCUCCCUCCAAAACCCAAAUUGCUGCUGUAUCAUACAGUGACGUCAUCAAACCAGACUUUCAAUUCAACUCAUACAAGACAAAAAACGACGUCUUGAACGCUAUUCAAAAUAUUGUGUUCACUAAGGGUAGCGCAACACGAACCUACGAAGCUCUGAGGUACAUGAAUAACAAAAUCUUUACCUCUAAAAACGGUGCGAGAGAUGACGUCAUCAAGAUAGCAAUAGUGAUGACGGACGGCGAGACGAAUCCGGGCUCCGUGGAUUAUAUAUCGCUAGAAAAAGCGAGAAAGAGGACCCUUGAAGAGGCCAAGCGAGCAAGAGACAAUGGCAUUUAUGUCUUUGCAAUAGGUGUUGGGGGUAGAGUCAUGGACGAGGAACUGUAUGGAAUUGCUAGUGAAGCUGGAGCUGUUAUGAAGGUCCCCACCUACGGAGAAUUCAAAACAGAUCAACUGCAGGAAAUGUUGGAGAAAAAAACAUGUGAAGUGGGGGAGACAACGACGUUGAGACCACCUGCCCAAGCUGAACAGUGCUACAAACAUACCGCUGAUGUGAUAUUUGCUAUCGAUCAAUCAGACAGCAUUGGGAAAAAGAACUUCAACAUUGAACUAGACUUUGUAAAUGAUCUCGUGCAAUCUUUCAACGUUGCCUCUGACGAGACUAGAAUAGGGGCUCUUGUAUUUAGCACCACAGCUACCCGCUUCCUGGAGCUGCGAGAUGGUGUAGAUAAAGAAUAUGUUAAAAAUACUAUCCACAGUGUCCAAUGGGGAAGAGGAAGCACCUUCAUUGGCAAGGCCUUUAAAAAGAUGCGGGAGGGUUUCUCUCCGGCCAAAGGUGGUCGACCAAGUCUUGUCCCCCAGAUUGCAGUUCUGAUCACAGAUGGCCAAGCCUUUGAUCAUGACACUGCUGAGAUCGAAACGAAAGCAUUAAAGCAACAAGGAAUCACGAUAUUUGUAAUUGGAACGAUGGAGGCGAAAAAAUCACAAAUGGUGAAGUACGCGAGCAGUGAGGACAACGUGUUCUACGUGAACAGUCCGCAAGCUUUAAGAGGCAUUUCUGAUGAGGUUUCCACGAGAAUGUGCAAAGCACAGCAAUCAUGAAGAUUUAUCACACAGGACUAAUAAUGAAAUAUUCUUCCUUGGAUAUGACGACUGUGAUGCGGACGAGAAAUGAGACAGCUUAGUUGAAAUCCAUUUCACAUUUAUGUCUCUGUUUUAUUUCAUUAAAUAUGUAAUUACCA